AUAAAACUAAGGCGCCUGUGUGUAAUGUAUACGAUGAAUCAAAUGUAAAAAAUUGUAAACGAAUAAACUAAUUGUAGUUAGUUUACAUGCUGAAUCUGAUAGUCGUGUGUAUGUACACAUUAAAAAAAGGAUCAAAUUCUUGCUAGAAAAAAUGGCAUCGGUACAAGACAGAUUAAAAUUAAAACGAUCUUAUGAUAAUUGGAGUACACGCGAACAACUAUGUUUAGCAUCCAGUGUACUGAAGUCUGGUGAUCAAAAUUGGAUGAGCGUGUCUCGAUCUUUGAAAGCAUUUUCUGAAAAAGAAACGUUAAGGCCCCCAGAUUGGUUCUCUCAAAAAUCAUGCGCUAUUCAAUACGCCCAUUUGUUAGAGAAUGCGGAUACUCCAAAGAGAAAAAAAAGAGAAAGUGGAGAGACAACAGGUGAAUCGAUAGUUAGGAGAUUGACACAAGAAAGAAUAUCCGAAUUAGGGCAAAUUUUAGCUUAUCAAAGGGACGAGUAUCAACAGUUGAAGGCUGAAAUAAAUUUGUUGAAAUCUGGAUCUAUAACAGAAGAUAAGUUACAGAAGAUGUGGCUGGCAAUAGAUCAAGAAGAGAGGGAACAAGAGCAAAAGAUAAGAGCACAUUCUGCAUGGCUGGCAAAACGUCAACAGAAGCAAGAAUUGAAUUCGUCACCAGGAGUCUCAAUUAUAAAUCAACGUAAAUCUAUAGAAAGUACAAUGGAAAUUCUAGAAACAACAGAAACUGUAGAUGAAGAUGAAAAGAAAACUCGAGGUGGAAGAUCGCCAUUAUUAACAAGUUUAUUAAAGUCACCAAGUCCAACAACUCAAAUUCAAACUUCAACUACCACAGUACAAGGGAGCUCCCCUACAAUUACAAGUCUCCUUGGUUCUAGCCCUAAAGUACCAAAUUCUCAAUUAACGCAAAAUGUAUCGCCACAAUUACAUCAAUUAGUUUCUUCUACAAUACCAAAUAUACCAUCAGAACGACCAUCGGUUGGAGCACCAACCCUAUCUAUGUUAUUAGAAAUGCCUGCAAAUGCACAAAGAGGGCCUCUACCUAAUUUACAGUCAACCGCGACUAUUGUUUCGCAACAAAACGUGCCUACGGAAAUUCAUAAUCUUCAACCACAGCCAGUUCAUCAAGUAACAAUUCAAAAUGAAACACCUGUACCUACUCAAUCGCUCGCAAUUAAUACAUCAAAUAUUCCAGUCACAGAAAGUAUGGUACAGAUAAUAGAUAAUAUAGACGAUGUAAUACGUAAAGAUAUAAUGGCAGAUGUAAUAGAUAAAGACGAAAUUAACCAAAUUAUUGGAGAUAUAGAAGAAUUAAUAAAAGAAGAAAUAACUGGGAGUCCGCAAACGCUAGAUACAGCUGCUACAACGAUUAAUACUCUUACUGUACCCCAGAUACAAGAAAUACCCGUCGUCACGGAACGACCAGAGCCCAGAGAUGUAGACGAAGUUGUGUCGCUUUCUAAUUCGCCGCAAAGCGAGAUGGCUAUCGAAGAAAUUGACUCCAGUACAUCAAAUAUUGCAGAAAUCAUAGGAACAGUUGCUAUAGAACCACAGGAACCAAAAGUUAUUGUUACAGAAAUAUCUGAAACUGUAACAAAUACACCUGAAGAAACAAAAUCUGAAGAAAGUACAAACCAUGAAAAAGUGGUACUAGACGACGAACUUGUUCCUGAAUUAGAGACUCAAGAUGGUGAAAGCAGUAAAGAUGCACCACUAGAAGAGAAACGAACGAUUGAUGAAUUUGUUGAUACUAUGGAUUCUACUUCAAAUACAGAAGUUGAAGAAAGCGAUACAAAAACAUCUACAAAAGAGCUUGUCGACGAAAUAGCGGAAGAUGAAUUAAUAGAGGAAGAAGAAGAAACAGAAGUAGUUAUACCAGAAGCUAAAGAAUCUCCAAGUGAUAAAUUACAAAGAGAAUCUUCGGAAGAGUUAGAAAACAAAGAUGCUAUGGAAUUAGAUCAACUAGAAAUGCAUCUUGCUAAAAUUACAGGUGAACAACAAGAUGUUCCAUCUGCAGAAGUAGUUAGCGUUACUUCUGAAAUAACGAACGAUCUUCCAAGUACAGAGGAUACCGAAAAGUCACAGGAUAUUAGUUUAAUCUUAGAAGACGACGAAAGUACACAUAGUUUAGAUGAUACAAAAAAAAUAACGGAGGAACACAUCAUAGACAAUACAAUUGAGAGUACAGAAUCCAUUGAAUCGUUUAAAGAGGAACCUGUAAUUGUAAUAAAAGAAAAAACUAUUAUAGAAGUAAGCGAAGAAUCGCCAGAGAAACCUCAAGAAGAACAGACGGAAGAAACGUUAGAAAUUUAUACAGAUGAAUUUAAAAAGGAAGAUACAAAAGAUUCCUCCGAAGAUACAGCAAGUUCCAUUUUACAAGACAUAGAAGUCAAAGAAGAAGAAAUAGAAGAAACAGCGAUUAUAGAAGAUUCUAAUCAAUUGGUGUCCCCAGGAGAAAUUGAGAAUUUAAAACAAGAAUCCAUGGAACCCAUUAAAAUUGAAAUUGAUGUUUCCAGUAUCAAAAAAGAAGAACAUUCAUUUCAAGAGACAAAAAUGGAAGAAGUACCUAAAAUUCAAUUAGAAAAUGCUCUUGUCAUAGAAGUAAAAAGGGAGGAAGUCCCCAUAAAAGAAGAGCAAAAAAGUGUAGAUAGCGAACAUGUAAAAAAAGAAACAGAAUCCAUGGUCAGUGCUGGGGAAGAUACUGUCGAAUUGGACGAGGAAGAAUCAUCAUUGAGUAAAUUAAGCGGAGGACGCGCUAUGAAAACUUAUUCAAAAAAACAAAAUGCUUCUAUCGACAGUGAACCAGAAAAUGAAGUUACUGGAGAAGGUGCAGACUACAGAGCAUGGAAGAAAGCAGUAAUGUUAGUUUACAAUCGUCUAGCUACACAUAAAUAUGCUUCUGUAUUUCUGAGGCCUAUUACUGAAGACCAAGCACCUGGAUAUCAUUCGGUCAUCUUUAGACCAAUGGACUUAUCUACUAUUAAAAAGAAUAUAGAUAAUGGCACCAUUCGAUCUACAAUGCAUUUUCAACGCGAUGUCAUGCUGAUGUUUCAAAAUGCCAUUAUGUAUAAUAAACAUGAUACGUUUAUUUAUAAAAUGGCAGUUUCAAUGCAGGAAGAAUGUUUACAACAUAUGCAGAUACUCGUACAAGUCACAGGCGAGGGAACGCUUAGAAGAGAAACAAGAACUGCGGCGAGUAGCAGUAGCGAGGCCAGUGAAAGUAGUAUAAAGAGAAAACGAAGUCAUAUUACUCCUAGUCCACAUGAUACUGAUAGUCCACGUUCAAAAAAACGCAGAAAAUCAGAAAAUGAUUAGAGUAUUCUGUCUGUUAUCUAUAUAUAAUAUGAUAACAUUAAUGUUCACGAAAACUUUGUUCAAGAAAGUGAAAGAAUAAAGUUUGUCCAUUGGCCUCAAGAGAAAAUGUUGGACAUAAAAGAUGUAUGAGCGGAAAUGACUUCAUAUUCCAUUUUAUUAUUUUUCCCUAAUAGUUAAGGGCGAAAAAGAACAUUUUGUACUUCGCGUGUAAAAUUGAUUUAAUCAAUUUUGUCUUUGUGGAUACACACCAAAUGUACAGUAAAUACAAAAUAUUCGUCAUUUGUAUUUAAUUGUUUCUACAAUAAAAAAUUUAUUGUCAUGA